AUGUUGAAGAAGGAAAAACCGAUGCUGUCGGUGGCUGCCAUCAUUCAAGCGCAAGGCCGGUGGGAUCGGUCACUGGCCGGAUUAGCAGGUUUCGAUGCCACGCUGGUCGGGCAUAUGGGCCCGCUGUCACCGCCGGACCUGAAACCCGACCUGAAACCGGACAUUUCACUGCUGAACGGAAGCGGUGGCGGCCCGUUCUCGCCCGGUAACAACUGCGGCAACCCGGGCAGUCCGGGCAGUGGCAGUGGCGUCUUCAAUCCGGUGGCGGUCGCCGUCUUGCAGCAGCAGCAACAGAAUGCGCUCGUCGUCGGGGCCGCCCUCGGCAAUGGGACGCCCGGUGGGCAACAGAAUCUCCUGAUCGGUGGCGGUGGAGGGGGCGGCGGAGGUCAGCAGCAACAGCAGGGCAGCAACGGUGGUGGUGGGGGAGGAGGAGGAGGUGGAAGUGGAUCCAAUACGCCCACCAACAUCACGCAGCAGUACCCGCCCAACCAUCCGCUCAGCGGCUCGAAGCACCUCUGCUCGAUCUGUGGCGAUCGGGCUAGUGGAAAGCAUUACGGUGUCUACAGCUGUGAGGGCUGCAAGGGAUUCUUCAAGCGCACGGUACGCAAAGACCUGUCGUACGCGUGCCGGGAGGACAAAAACUGUACGAUAGACAAACGCCAAAGAAACCGCUGCCAGUACUGCCGGUACCAGAAAUGUCUGGCCUGCGGCAUGAAGCGGGAAGCGGUCCAGGAGGAACGGCAGCGGAGUUCCAAAUUUUCCAUGAAGACCGAAGAGAUAAACUCGACCAGCUCGGUGCGGGACGUCGUGGUCGAUCGUUUCCUAGAGGCUGAACAGUUGGGCGAGCAGAAGAGUGGUGAUAAUGCCAUACCCUACCUGCGGGUUGGCCAGAACUCGAUGAUUCCACCGGAAUAUAAGGGCGCCGUAUCGCAUUUAUGUCAGAUGGUGAACAAACAGAUCUACCAGCUGAUCGAGUUCGCCCGGAGACUGCCGAAUUUCACGAACCUUCCGCGCGAGGACCAGGUUACGUUGCUUCGCAGCGGCUGGAACGAAAUGCUGAUCGCAUCCGUAGCCUGGCGAAGUAUGGAGUACAUCGAAACGGAACGGGCGCCGGAUGGACGGAACGAUGGACGGGUCACAAUUCGGCAGCCACAGCUGAUGUGCUUGGGACCCAACUUCACCCUACACCGGAACAGUGCCCAGCAGGCGGGGGUUGACUCGCUGUUCGAUCGCAUCCUGUGCGAGCUGGCGAUCAAAAUGAAAAGACUGGACGUGAACCGGGCCGAGCUGGGCAUCCUCAAGGCGAUCAUACUAUUCAACUCCGACAUCCGAGGGCUCAAGUGUCGGAAGGAGAUCGAUCAGAUGAGGGAGAAAAUCUACGCCUGUCUGGACGAGUACUGUAAAACGCAGCAUCCCUCGGAGGAUGGGCGAUUCGCGCAGCUGCUGCUCCGGUUGCCUGCCCUGCGCUCGAUCAGCCUCAAGUGUAUCGAUCACCUCAACUUCCUGCGGCUGCUCGGUGACAAACAGCUGGAUAACUUUAUCAUCGAAAUGCUAGACACGCCGUUGUAGGCGGAACUCCUCGACCCACCAUCGAGGUACCACUGUCGGGCGGCACAUGCCCGAGCGGCGGCACCGGAGCGUCUAAGCAGCACCCUCUUCUUGGUGGUGCUGUUCGCGCUGGUCCUUCCGAAGGACACGGGAGCGUUCGUUCUACUAUUCACGGUGGCAUUUCUGAAGGCGUUUCUUUCUCGUUCCUGAAGCAAAACAAAACGGCAAACGAUGAUCAAGCGGGCUACAGUAAAAUAAGAAAACAUGAGAAUGACAUGUUCGUUGAAAGUUUAAAUUUUCUCCGCGGCAUCGCGUAGAAACGGGCGGCCCGAGGACACUUGAAUUUCUUCCGUAUUCGAAUGUUUGUUACAAACAUAAAUGUGAAUAUAUCUUUACUUAUCCGCCUUUGCAUAUUAGGAAACCACGAUGGAGGUUUCCAAAGAAGGCGAGUCCGUGGAUUCCGUGGAAACCUCCCAACCUUCUGAAGGGGUGUGGACCAGAAAUCAAAAUUAAAAAAUAAUUUGAAUGAGUAGCAAACACUGAGAUACAAAUUUUUCUGAUCAAAUUAAGAAAAAAGUUGACUACUAACUAGCAAAGCAAACAUGCUGAAUUUCUUUGGCGAUAGGAAACAUGUUAUUAAUGGUGACGUGUCGUUUGAUUGUAAAAAUAAAUGAUGCUAAGGUAUGAAAUAAAUCUAAAGUAUAAACAAAAAAUGAAUCAACCUACACAUUAGCAAAAACGCAAGGAAGGAAACAAAAAAAAUGGUGCAAAUAGAUUUUAUUCAACUCAAACUUAAUCCCGUUUACACGUUAAGUCUUUACGUAGCUGAUAAAGUGAUACUGGGAUAGGGAUGGCAAUGGGCUUCGGAGGGUGAUUCGGGA